CCUUUUCAUUCUCCAGUGCCCUUUGGCGGUCCAACAGUUUGGUUCUUUACGAUGUCGAGCAACCCCGGAAACAACACGGCCCAGCUGACGGCGGCUAACACGGCAAACCCGGUAGAGCCGGAGGUCACGCACGCCUCCGGGAGUACUACGGCCCCGCCGGCGGCUGCUUCAAACCUGGCGGAAACUACGGAACCAGAGGUCAUCCCGGUCUCUGUGGACCCUGCACUCGAAAGCUACGAUGAUUCCAAUGAGACGCAAAGUAUCUUUACGUCCUCCACGGCGUCGGUCAGCGACAGUAUUCGGGAGUACCGCGAACUUCAUGGCCGAAGCUUCACCCAAAAGACGGAAUACUGGGGGCCCAACGAUGAGCAGCAAAACGAUGCUUUAGACUUCAAUCAUUUCUGGCUCACCAACUUCUUUGACGGCAGGCUGUUCUUGGCUCCGAUUGGCGAGAACCCCCAACACGUAUUAGAUAUUGGGACCGGCACUGGUAUUUGGGCCAUCGACUUUGCCGACGAGUUUCCUUCGGCGGACGUCAUCGGCGUUGAUAUCUCCCCUAUUCAGCCUUCGUGGGUGCCUCCGAACUGCCGGUUUCAGAUAGACGAUUUCGAGAAGGACUGGACGUUCAACCACGGGUUCGACUUCAUCCAUGCCCGCAACCUCGAAGGUUGUAUUUCAGACCUGCCGAGAUUGUUUGAGCAGUGCUUCACCAACACGAAGCCGGGCGGCUGGUUUGAGAUCCUGGAGUUCGACAUCGAGGUCCGCUCGCAAACACUGGGAGACCUUGAAGAAGACCACAUCUUCAAGAGGUGGCAUCAGCACAUGUUGGUCUCCUCGGCCAAGAUGGGAAAGCCACACGGCAACGCGGUUGACCGCAAGCUUACAAAAGCCAUGAUCAAUGCCGGCUACGUUGACUUGGUUGAGCGGAAGUGGCCCAUUCCUAUUGGGACCUGGCCCGCCAAGCCAGAGAUGAAGAGACUGGGGUCCUGCACGUUGGACUUUCUUGAGCAAUCACUCGAGGGAUUCGGACUCUUUCUCCUCAGGGAAAUAUUGGGUUUCACUUACGAGGAGGUCCAAGUCACGCUUGCCGAGCUGAGAUUGGCGCUGCGCAACCCAAGGAAUACUCCACUCUACUAUCUGCACGUGGUGUACGGCCGCAAGCCGGAGAAGGCGGAGGUUGACCAGUAGGAUGCACCCGCAGCAGCAUGACGCUGGAGUUUAUUAAAGAACAAGAACAGCGCGUGGCUAUGGCUCGAUGGUUGUUCUUAGCGUUUUGCAUCCGAGGUCGAAUCCAUGAGUGUUAAGAUCGCUGCUUGCACAGAGUUAACCAUGAUGAGAGUUGCGACUUACUAUCUCCCAACAGAUCAAGCGGUUAUGUAUCAACUGCACCACAACGACGAAAUGAGGUUACCCUAUUCUACAUCUUUUACUUCAAUUGCAACUUCUUGGAGAGCUGAAGACUCUUUCCUCUGUUCUGGCUCUCUCUCCUAGAGUCGACCGACCAACUAUCAAACUUGCGCUUAGUAGUCGAGAAUUAUGCAUUUUUAUCAUGUAGUGAAGCGAACAAGGAAGCAGCGGAGGACUUUAUCCAUCUAUCAGGUUUCUUUCCUUGUAACAGGAAAAAAAAACCCACACCCGUCCACACAGGCUUGACCGCAACGU